AUGAAGUACCGUCGGCGGGAGGACAACUACGUCUUUUGGCAAGACAAGUUCCUGCGAUGCUCCUUGGAAAUCCCAGCCGCUGAGAAGCGGUGGACCAUCUUCUCCAGCGUGUGGUUCCUGGUCAAGGAGGCCAAGUUCAACAGCGUGCCGGCCUCCCUGCGCUACAUCUGGUUCAUCGCCUGGCGCGCGGUGAUGCAGCGCGUGUACGAGGCCCACAAGGCUGUUGUGCUCUGGCAGUCGAAGGUCGAUGCGGCGCUGGCGGCCAAGGCCGUGCGUGACCGGAGCAGCAGCAGCGGCAGUGCAAGCGGCAGCCCAAUCAGCGGCAGUGAAGCCAGUGGCGGCGGAGAGGCGGGCGACAGCAGCGGCAGUGGCACGGCUUUGGCUGUGGUGGAGUUGGAGCAGGGGCCGGGCUUCUCUCGUGCCAUGGCCCUGCGGCGGCUGCAUUGGAGGAACUCCUUACUGGGGGAGAUUUUGUACGCCAUCAACAUCGCCAAGACGGGCCGGGUGCACAUGCUGCCGCCAGUGAAGCGGCCCCUGCAGCGGCCGACAUUCUUCUUCCUGUUUUGA